GGAUCUUAUCGGUGCGACUCGUAUACAUCCGAUCUUUAUUCGUCAGGGGCAGCUGGUAAGGCUCUAUUCGAAUAACUACCUGCCAAGUGAAGCUUGCUUUGGGAGAAUGAGGUCCGGCCCGAUCGAUAAUGAGAAUCCGCUGGCGUUGAAAAAAACCUCAACUCCACUCACAUAUGUUGGGUUGGACCGUGGGCUCACAAAGCAAUUUGAAAUCACACACGACACACGAUUUGCACUGCCUUCUACCCUCAUCCCUGGCUCUUCAUUUGGGGUGAUUAAAAUCAAGUUUGGAUAGGCACCCUUCAUCCGACGGAUAUGUGUUACGUCAAACAGAUCUCGGUCUUUUAACCGGAUCAUCAUGAGCCCACUCACUGACACCACAGUAUGCCGCAGAGUUUAGAAAAAUCAUGUAAGGGAUAAGGGAGGGACCAUAUGCUCUCCACGAGCAUGCAUCCUGCAACCGUGGGUACCACGCUUUCGUUUCUUUCCCGACGGGUGCUGCUGCGAUUGUUCUACACCCCUUCUUAUUCCUGAGGACUUUUCCGAAAUAUACCGCGCUUUGGCCUCUAUUCUCGCCGAGUGCUCCUACAAGAGUCUUGUUUCCAUUCUUCUUCCUUUGUAUAACUUUUCGGAAAGCGAAUACAAUGGUACCCCCGAAAGUCAAUGCGAAGGCGCUACGCCAGGCUUUGAAUGAGAAAACUGCCAAGUCAUUUGGGAUUGCAAUCGGAGCUUUCAUCGCUCUCUUUAUAUUCAACCACUGGGCACGAUACCUCUUCCAUCGGUAUAGUAACGGAAGUCGAAGCUCAGCUACGGCUGCUGUGAUAAGGCUGUCUAGGAGAACCAGAUCUUUCCUUUCCAAGAGGUUCUUCAAACAGAUAUCGCUUGGACGUAUUCUACUCUACACUUCAUUCUGGGGAAUCAAUAUCAUCUUGUCAUGCACGAACGUGGACUUGACCAUACUCGUCAAUGUUGCAAAACACCAAGGCUGGGUUGCGCUGUGCAAUCUAGCCUUUGUCAUUUUUCUUAGUUUGAAAAACACGCCAUUAGCUAUCCUCUCCGCCACUUCCUACGAGACCUUGAUGCCGCUCCAUAAGGCGGCGGGAUAUACAUGCAUAGUCGCAUCAUUGGUCCAUGCCAUCGUCUAUCUGGAAGCUUGGGCACAGGCUGACAGUCUUAAUGACAUGCUGGAGCCUACUCAGAUCGCAGGAAUAAUGGGCGGAAUUGCGUUGCUUCUCAUUGGUGGCUUGGCCUUGCCAUAUAUUCGCCGCCAACGCUAUGAGUUAUUCUACGCUAUACAUGUCACACUCUCAGCCUUCAUUUUAAUAGUCGUCGCAUUGCACCGGCCAAACUUCAGCCAACAUGCCAUCAUUAUCACCCUUUUUGCAGCUUCUUUGUCAUUCAUGGAUCGCGCCAUCCGCAUUUUCAAAUUCUCCUGCAACUUCAUGGGUAACCAUGCGGCGCUCACCGCGCUACCGAACGGUGCUACUCGAGUCACACUUCGCCAAUCAUCGAAGGCCACCCCCGGCUCGCAUGCGUUCUUGUGGUUGCCUGCUAUACGUCUUGCAGAGACACACCCUUUUACACUCGUUUCCUCGGACCCCGCAGAGUUUGUCGUGUUCUCUCGCGAUGGAUUCACGUCCGCAUUGCACCGAUAUGCCAAAGAGUUUCCCAACAAGACUUUGAGAUGCUCGCUAAACACAGGUUAUGGGAAACUACCUGCCUUCAAGACCUACGAUAGCAUCUUGCUCAUUGCUGGUGGUAGCGGUGCAAGCUUUACCUUUGCAGUAGCCUUGGACCUGUCCAGGAACCCUGGCCCCUGUCCAUCUGGUAGUAUAACUUUUGUCUGGGUUAUUAGAGAUAAAGCUUCUAUCUCAUGGUUCCAUGCGGAACUUCGCGAACUACUCCUCAAUCCACGCAUUAAAGUUAUGAUACAUAUAACUAACAAUGUCGAAUCCUCUACAUUAGUCUCCUUAUCGGGAUAUUCUGACAAGGAUAAUACUUCAACCACAGAAGAAUCUAGUCAGACUUCGCUCCCCAUUAUGGCACAUGGUGACUUAGAAAAAGCCAUUGAGCUUGAGCAAACUGCGAAGUCAGAAAAGCCUGCCGACCCAGAGAAAGCCAUGGGCUAUGCUGUAGGAGAGGCAUCCAGCAGCACCAUUGCAACCUUCCCAGGGCGCCCAAAUAUUCCUGCGCUGAUGGAAAGUCUCGUUGACAAUGAAGAUUCCAUGAAGAGAGUUAUUGUCGGCGCUUGUGGGCCUGAGGGUUUGCUGGAGACGGUGAAGGACACCGCAUCACGAUGCAUACGGCCUGACGGUCCAUCUUUCACUUUACAUACCGAGGGGUUUGGAUGGUAGACGCACUUAUGAUCUUUUGUACAUAUCUUUUUAUGAGCAUUGAUUGAUGAAUAACGGAGGAACGAGGUGGGCAUAUAAAGGUUAGAAGGGCGGUUGAAGGUCGCAGGGACGGCAAAAAGUGGCAAGUAUGGCGAUGCUGCCUUUUGUAUGGGACUUUUUGCAUAGGAAUAGUUUUUUUUUGUUUACAAUCGCGACAGCAUUUGAACAUUACUAUUUACGACGAAUAUUUAUAAAGACA